ACGUUCAUCCUUUUCUCUUAGAUGAUUGAAUUAAUUUGUCUCUUUCUUUUUAUGGGGUAAAUCAAAUUAAAUUAAAUUCAAUUAAUUCAUCUACUAAUCCUUUCCCCUUCUCCAAGUGAUUUACUUUCUUUUAAUUAUGUCUGAUCAACAAAGGAAACAAUUUGGUGAUGUGACCAAUCUUAAUUCUCUUGCUCAUCUUUCCCAAGUCGAUGAUUCUCAGCCUGGUGAAAACUCUACAUCAUUUAACAAUGAGAUAAACAAUGGAUCGUCUUCAUCAUCAUCGAGUCAAGCUGGUAGACCAAUAAAUCGUUGGACCAAAGAGGAAGAUGAGCUGGUCAUAAGUCUUGUCGAAAAGUAUGGUCCCAAGAAAUGGACUGUGAUUGCCCGAGAGCUGAAGGGCAGAAUUGGAAAGCAAUGUCGUGAGAGGUGGCACAAUCAUUUAAAUCCUCAUAUAAUCAAAUCAUCUUGGACUGAUGAAGAAGAGCGGACUAUUAUUGAUGCUCAUCAAACUUGGGGUAAUCAAUGGGCUAAAAUUGCUAAAUUGUUACCAGGAAGGACAGAUAAUGCGAUUAAAAAUCACUGGAAUUCAACCUUGAAAAGGAAGGCCGAAGCCUUGGAAAGAGGUUCACCAGUUCCACAGCCACGUCGUAAACGACGUAAAAAGCAACAUCCAUCCUUAGAUGAUUCAGGAGUCGCCUUAUACCCUCAACAAUCAACGCUUUCAAUUUACUAUAGUGAUAGUACUAAUGAAAACAAUGAUCCUGAUGUUUCAGUUAAACAAGAAGUAACAUCAACAACAUCACCAAUAGAAACUUCUUCAGUUCAUCAUCAGCAAAACGUUCAUCACAAUCAUAAUCACAAUCAUGAUCAUAAUCAUAAUCACAAUCAUUUACACAAUCAUAAUCAACAACAACAACCACAAAACAACCAACCACCUCCACUACAACAAAUUCAACAACAACAACAACAACAACAACUACAACCACAGCCACAGCCACAGCCACAACAACAACAACCAAUACAACCAAUACAACAAACACAGCAGCAACAACAACAACAACAACCACAACUCCAGCAACAUCAACAGCACCAUUUGCAUGAACAAAGCUAUGCUGACCAAUCGAGUGUAUAUAAUAAUAGUAACUUAAUCAUUUCCAAUCAGAAUAUGAACAGUAAUCAAGAAAAUGUAUAUGACCAAGAGAAUGUAUAUGACCAGGAGAAUGGAUUUAACAAUCAACAUGUGGAACAAAGAUACUUAACAAUUUCUUAUGAUUCAACCUAUUUUAGCCAAACUUCAUCUUAUUCUAAUCAGACAACAUCACCUUCACCACAUGAAUUAACAACAAAUGAUUUAAUGUCACAUAAUCGUAUUCCACUUGGUGAAAUGAAAGUGAUCCCCCAGGAUUACGACGAACUGAAUGACUUAAGUGAUCUUUUACCUCCCCUGAAUGCUGAGAUGUUAAAAAAGGAAGGAGUUGACUUAUCCGGAUUUGAACCUGAUUCUUUCCAUGAAAAUUUUCUCAUGGAAAUGUUGGAUUCAAUCGACACAUCUCCCUCGUCUUUAGGAUCUUUUGAGCCAUCACACUCAGAAACCAGAAAGUCACAAUAUAAUCAUCGUAUACAAAGUAACAUUAAAGAUACUCGUCGUCGAACUGGUCCAGCUCGUCGAUUGGAUUGGGAAAAGGUCACUCUCGGAAGAACUCCCGAUCAAAUUGAAUUAACUCAACAAGCUCGCGCUUACUUAAACUCACAAUACUUAAAUUGAUGAACCAAAUUAACUCUACUUGAAUACUUUAAACAAUAAUAAUACUUGAGUCAAUUGCACGUUUUAUUACCUUUAACUGCACAAAAGCAACAACAACAAUAACCUUCAACUCCAUUUUCUCGCAUGUGAAAGAAGGAAGAAGAAUUAAAUUAAAAAGCCAACAAUACACCAAAAAAUCAUCCGAGAAUUGCGUUGAACAUAAAUUAAACAACAUGGACAAAAAACCAAAAGAAAUCAACAAUCAACGAAUGGAAAAUAGUUAACAUGGAUGAAAGAAGAUGAAAAAAAAAAUAAUAAUAAUCAGAUAUUUAUGCUGAUUAUCAUCAUCAUUAACAAUAAGAGAAACAAAAUCAAUUCCAUCAACAGUUAUUGAAAACUUUUUCUCCCUCAUUCUCUCACUUCAACUCUUCUCAUUCGCUUAGUCUUCAAUGGUGUUCACCAUAAACAGUCAACAAAAAAUAUCUCUCUGUAAAUUAACAACAAA